AUGACCUAUGAACUUCCUGAUGCUAAAACACUACGACAUAUCCCUGAUGAAUACAGAAAAUGUGGGGAAUGUGAUAAAACUAAAAUUGAUGAAUUAAGAAGAUCAACUAUUUGUUGUCAUAUUUUAUGUCAAGCAUGUCUUUCAGUAAAACAUGAGAGAUUUACAUGUCCGAAGUGUGGAAUUGAAUUAUCAAAAAGUGAGUUUGUGUCAUACAAAAGAGAUGACUCAUUAAUGAAAAAAGAAAAACGAGAAAAGUUACCUAAAAACAUAAAAGAAUUAGACCGAGGGGAUUUCAAUGAUACCCCAACUUAUAACAACUUUCUUGAAGAAGUUGAAAUACUUAAUGAAAGAAUGAAAACUGAAAGUGAUCCUACUAAAAUGGAAUUGUAUAUUAAAUUAGCUGGAAUUAAACCAAGAAAGCACAAAGGAACAGAUAAAAAAAGGCGUUUUGAAGCUCAAAGUAAAAAAGAACAAAAAAAACCUCUUCAUGAACUUGCUAUCAACGUUCAAACAAAUGGUGGAAUGAUUGACCUUCAUACUGAAACACCUAAAAAUGUUAUUUCAAAAUCAAAACAAACAACUGUGGCUGAUGAAAUAAAGAAGUUUUUUGGAUACGAUCCAAAAUGUGUUCAAUUAAAGAAAAAGUAUGAAGCUCUUAAUUGGUUUUAA